CAAACAAACUAAGAUGAGCUGUUUCAAUCAGGGUUGUUCUGUGCUCAUUGUUUUGCUAGCUAAUUGAUUUAUUUUUUGAUUUCAUGAUGGUUAGUUGUUGUCUCUCCUAAGUCCAUGGUCUUCUUUUUUAUUCUUCUCUUCUUUUUUGAGAUCCUUUUAUCGUUCUUAACUACAGGUUUUUCUUGUUAGUUAGGUUCGUUUGGCUAUGAGGUUUUUUUUAUUUUGGUUCCAGCUCACUUUAACUUGUACACCCUUAUUGAGUUAUUUUCUUUUCUUUAUUUAUAAGCACUGGUAAUGCCUCAAAUUUUUUCCAGAAAAAAAAAUUAAAGGUAAUAAUUAAUAUUAUUCAUUUCCCUAUAUAUACAUUAAAUCAGAUUCAUUCAAUUUAUUUAGUUUGACAAAUUUAAAUCAAUCAAAUUAAAAUAAUAAAUUGAUAAUUUCUAAAAUUUACAGAGUUUGACAGCUCAGGAAACGAGCAGAAAUUGGGGCCCGAAUGCUCAUGACCAAGUGGAUGGGCCCUACGUUAUGGCGCCAUCUGCGCUGGCGGGAAAUCCAACAUAUGCCACGUGUGUCAAUGCGACACUAGGGUUUCCUCAGCGCCGCGCGAGCUGGAACUCGCUUCUCCCAUCCGACGGCUACCCUCCUCGAAACUCCCGUAUCUAACGGAUCAUAUUUAAUCCGUAAUUCGAAAUUUAUAUGGGAAGCGCAUAUCGCUUCCACUUCCCGCUCGACAAUCUGUCUUCUCUCCUCUCCGCCCCCAUAAGAACCCAAUCUAUUUCAGAAAGCGAACCCCCCUUUUUUGAUUUCUCUGAUCUCUUCAAGCGCCCAGUCGCCUUUAGAAAACUGGGAAAGACAUGGUUGGAUAUGCAUUCCAUUAUAAAUCAAAGAUGUUGGAGGAGAAGAAUAGUAAGAAGAAGACGAAGAUACCUUCAUGGUUGGAGUUGCUUCUUGCAACGAAAUUCUUCGGAGCUUGUGCUGAGCAUCAGGGGAUUAAGAAGAAGAUAGAGAGAAACAUAUACUGCGUCGACUGUAACGAGUCCAUGUGUUCGUUCUGCGUUUCCUCACCGUCUUGCUCGCACCGCUACCAUCGUCUGCUUCAGAUUCGGCGCUACAUAUACCAGAACGUGAUUCGGAUCCGCGAUAUGCAGAAACUGAUUGAUUGCUCCGAGGUUCAGCCCUACAUUGUCAACGGAGCAAAAGUAGUUCUGCUAAACCCUAAGAUGCAAUCGAAGUCAUCAAAGCCAGCCGUCGCCGGCACGUCGUUCUGCAAGUCUUGCCAGCGAACGGUGGCGGAGCAUAACGGGUACUGUUCAAUUGCAUGCAAAGUCUUCAGGAAGGUGGCACAAUCACCGGAACUGGAGGCUGAUAUCCUCUCCGAUGGUUCAUGUUCUUUGGCGAAACUCGAAGACUUGGAACUCUCCCCUGAGGUGGCGCCAACUUUCUCUAUCGAUUCUUUGCAGCCGUCCGAUUUGAUACUGGAGGAUCACAGCCGUUGGAUUGAAGGGCCUACACCUAGUCGAAAACCCAGGAUUGUCCGAAGAAAGGGAACACCAAAAAGGUCACCGAUCUCUUGA